CCUCGCUCUGACAGACUGCUUACGUCUGCACACACCGAACGCGGACAAAAAUUGUAAAUACGUGCGUCGAAUCAGCUGUCAGAAAGGUGGAGGCAAGGGCAGGCAUAAGAAUGUAAACGUAACAACGGCAUAACAGUCGGUGUAAUUUAUAUUUAGUACGGCGAGGGCAGAAAAUGUCUCCCUUCACAAAAACAGCAGCACGAUACAACGUCAUUUUAGGAGAGCGAGGCGCGCAUCAGAACGGAAUCAGUAGCUCGGCAUCUGCUUCUCCGGUGACCGACGAGCUCUAAAGCAAGAAUAUUAAUAUUAAUAUCAGCGCGAAGUGCGCCGCCACCGCCGACAUAUCUGUUUAUCUGCGGUCUCUGUAUUCAUUACCGAGAAGUCGUCUCGCGGUUAGUGUGCAGGGACUAACAGACUGCAUUUGUGAAUGGUUCUAUGGGCCUGCUUUGAACGGAUGUUUUUUUUUUUUCCCUAACGUCGCAGUGAACUGCACCAUGGAUAGCGAAGCGCUUUCUCAUCGUGCUCCGCGCGGAGGGUGAAUGGGGAUGAGGAUGUUGUUUACAAAAAGCAGCCAGCCGUCAGCGCACUGAUGCUCGGUCUCCUCGCAUUUCAUUUUACAUCUAAUCUUUUAUGACACGGUUGGAAAUUACUGUCCCCUCCGUCUUUCCUCUAUGAAGAGGGCAAUGUCAUCGUCAGCAGACCGGCGUGGAUUUGUUGUUGUCUGAUUUUACUACUUGUCCUCUGCAAUCCGACUUCACAUCAUCGUUUAUGUAACUGGGACGGGGGAAAACUUCAAAAUCCCUCCCCCUGCUCCUAAUUGGUCCUCUAUACCAUGAGCUCUGGCUCCGCCCAGGAUGUGGCGGUGGAGAAUUUCCUGCGUGACAUAGAGAGGCGGGGCCAGUGGCUGCACUGCGCUGUUAUUGGCUGUGAGGAGGAGCAUCCCCGUGGCGACAUGAACCUUUUGUACCGCAAAAGUCGACUGGACUGGAGACACAGAGAUCAGGAGGGCAAGAAAAGCUCCAAUUAUAAAGAUGCCUCCUCUGCGACGGUUGGGAAAGUUCGGGAUCUGGCGUCAUUUCGACGUCAUUUCCGAAUGGGAUUUAUGACGAUGCCGGCGUCCCAGGACCUUUCGCCUCACACUUGUGCGGCCGCCAUGGCCCCACGCUCUCAAUCCUGCCAUGCUGUGGGCACUGGUGAGGGAGAGGAGAUGGAGAACGGAUAUUAUCCAGACUCAGACCCCCAAAACCAGUCAAAUCCCUCCCGCUGUCCCCCAGCCAAGCCUAAACGCCACCCCAAUACUCGCCUCAGCUCCACACCUCAGCAGGAGCAUCCUUCCCGAGGGGUUCACGCACCACCUGACACUCCGCCACCUCCACCUCCCAAUCACCCACCCAAACACCCAGAGAAGCGGAAUGCAAUGAAGAAAUCUGAUUCAGGUGAAAUGUCAGGACGGAAGGUUCCUCCCUUGAAGCCCAAGCGGAGUCCAAGCACACAGCUCUCCUUUGACCCUCCGCCCCCUCGGGUCCCGCCCCCAACCACACCCCUUCCCUUCCAGAGCUCUGAACCCUCUCCACGGGGUGAGGGGGGGGAUGACGAGCCAGUUUACAUUGAAAUGGUGGGCCAGGUCUUUACGCGAGAGACUCACAGUGCCCCUACUCCUCACCCGCUCACACCCUCCGCCACCACGCCUGAUUCCGACUCAGACCAAGGAGAGGCCAUUUAUGAAGAGAUGAAGUACCCCCUACCAGACGACGCAGCUCGAGAAGCCCACCGCCGCUUGCCACUGAAACACGAGCGUAUCAAGUCCUCAAAAGCGUACCACUCCUCCAUCAUCUCAUCCUCUUCAUCCUCCACCUCCUCCUCACUCCCACGGCCCUCGUCCUCUUCUCCAGCUUGUUCUUCCUCCAAGCCUAAAGCAGCUGUCUCCAUCUCUCACUCCUCUCCUCUGCCUUCAUCUUGCUCUUCUGCAUCCUCCACUCCCGUACCGCAAGUCCUCUCCUCCUCACCACACCCUCCCCGUGCUCCCACACCCUUUCUACUGCCAGGGUCCAAGCCUGAGCAUGAGCCCAGCUCCAGUAAGAUCCCAGCACCCUUCCCCAAUUUGCUCCAGCACAAGCCUCCACUCCUGGCGUUUCCCCAGCCGGCUGCUGCCUCCAGUGGGGUAGGGGCUCAACACAAGACGAGCUCGGCCAAGAUCAGCGUGCAAUCAGCCUCCAGUCUGCCAGCAUCUACUAGCACCUCCUCCAGCACGAGCUCCACCAGCACUUCCAAAGAGUCCUCUGGAGUUGAGAAGGAACGGGAGAAGGAUAGGAGGGACGGACAGCUGGGGCCGGCACCAGGACUCAGAGCCCGCAGUCAUUCCACUCCUCUUCCUCCAUCGUCGAAGUCCUCCUCUCCAUAUUCUCACCACCAUCAUCACCACCACCCUCACCACAGGCCUUCCCACUAUCACCAUUACCGCAAGCCUGAGAAAGAGUCAUCAUCAUCGAGCAAAGGGUCAGGACAGUCCUCCACCCAGACGCAAACACAGCCUAAGGAGGGCAAGUCUGUCAGUUUCUUGCUCAAGUCUGACAAAUCUGAGAGGGAAAGGGAUCGAGAAAGGGAUCGUGAACGUGAACGUGAACGAGAACGAGAACGAGACCUGAGCACGCCAUCAUCCAGUCAUUCUGAUACCUCUGCCUCAAGCGCAUACACACACACUUCUCAAACCGGCACGAGCACCACGCCAACCCCAAGUCAACCAUCAUCGUCCACAGCAGCCACGCCACCUUCCACCUCUUCUUCUUCCGCACAGCGCCCUCCAUCUCGCUCUCACAUGCACCGGUCGCACACCCCGCACUUGUCUCAUGGCCUUCCUGCUUACAAACCUCCCCCCUCCGACAGCCCCCUGCUCUGGACCUACCCCUCGGUUGGCUUCCGUCGCCCACCUGCCUACGAUAGCCUACGUGGAGGCUCACAGUUGCCAUCCUUGCACACAGACCCCACUAAAACUGGAUCCGCAGCCCAGGCAUUGCAGGCCAAGGCCGGGUUCAUUCCCUGGGAGAGCGCAGCUGCCUUAGGGCUCACCGAAGAACAGGUUUACUGGCCCAUGCAUCGAAAAUUAUCAUUCAGUCAUGGGAGCCGAGACACUGAGAAGGAAGAUGGAGGUGCAUGGAAUGGCAGUGCAGAUGCUCUAUUGAGGAGAGAGCGGGAUGACCUAGCAGCCAUGCGGAGUGGCGGACACUCUGGAAUACCUGUGCGGGCAACAGGGAGACACAGCGAGAGCUUGGCUGGGGCGGAUGGACCACCAGGGUUGAGAGGACUAAUACGAGCGGGACUGCCCUUACCCUGCCAAACCUUCCCAGCAUGCCGCAAUGGAGAGUUGGGUCGCCUUGGCAGAUCUUCCUCCACAUCAGGAGUGAGACAAGUGGGUGGUGACGUUCAAAGGCAGAGCAGCCUGCCGGCCAGAGAAGCACUCAGCCAGUUCCAUGCUCUCUCGCAGGUUCAGGCUCCCUGCAGUCCGUCUCUGAGCCGACAGCAGCAGUACCAGCACCAGCAGCAGGUCCAGCUCCAGUUCCAGCAGCUGGCUCAGCUCGCCGCGCAGGCCCAGGCUCCCCUCGGCACGGGCACAGCGGGCACCUCCACAGCCCCGGCUCAACGUGACGGCAAGCUCCUGGAGGUGAUAGAGAGAAAGCGCUGCCUGUGUAAGGAGAUUAAGGCUCAUCGCCGACCGGAUAAGAGCUUAUGUAAGCAGGACAGUAUGCCUAUUUUACCCAGCUGGAGGAAAACGCCGGAGCCCCGCAAGACUGGAACGCCGCCCUGCCAGAGGCCACAGGCUGUGGUGUGGGACACGGCCAUCUGACCGAGGCAGAGAGAGCAAACAAGGGUUAGGGAGUAAGAAAGACAUGACUGAGGGAGACAGAUGGAGUAACAACCUUUCUUCUUUUUUUCUCUUUUGCGUGUGAAAAGACAAAAUGGGAAUCUUAGGGGAAAUGAGAGAAGUGGCCUUUGAGUGAAGAGAUUAAAAUAA